AUGCAGAACGACCUCCAGCCCAGCGUGAAGCUCACCGCAGCGGAGGAGAAGCUCUUCUCCUUCCUGUUGGAGGUGGCGGCCCAGCCCGCAGCCAACGGCGCCGUGCUGCGCGUGGCCGGCGGCUGGGUGCGCGACAAGCUGCUGGGCCGAGACAGCGACGACGUGGACGUGGUGCUGGACUGCAUGACCGGCCGCGCCUUCGCCGACCUCGUGAACGCCUUCGAGACGGCGCAGGGCCGCCAGGCGCACGCCGUGGGCGUGAUCAAGGCCAACCCGGAGCAGAGCAAGCACCUGGAGACGGCCACCAUGCAGAUCGGAGACGACCUGGGCUGGGUGGACUUCGUCAACCUGCGGGCCGAGACCUACGCGUCCGAGGACAACCGCAUCCCGACCGUGGAGAUCGGCACGCCGCAGCAGGACGCCGAGCGCCGCGACUUCACCAUCAACAGUCUGUUCUACAACCUGGCCACCAGGCAGGUGGAGGACUUCACCGGCCGAGGAGUUGAGGACCUGAGAUUCGGACGGCUGCGGACCCCGCUGGAGCCUCGCGUGACCUUCCUGGACGAUCCGCUGCGUGUCCUGCGCGCCGUGCGCUUCGCGUCGCGGUUCAACUGUACGCUGGAGGAGGAUCUGCGCACCGCGGCGCAGCUGGAGGAGGUCAAGGUGGCGCUCGUGCGCAAGGUGAGUCGAGAACGUGUCGGCAAGGAGCUGUCCGGUAUGCUCACGGGCAGCGCUGCGCAUCCUGAACGUGCGCUGCGACUGCUGCAUGAGCUGCACUUGUGCGAGAGCGUGUUCCUGCCCUCGGCUCUGCUGGAGAAGACUCCCGUUUGUCGUCCGGACGGUGAAGUGGAGCAGGUUGGGGAGAACGUGUGGGACCGGUGCUAUGCCUACGAGAAACACAAGCUGCACGUGCGCAUUUUGGCUUCGUUCUUGCUGCCGUUCCGUGGACUGUGUGCGCGCGACAAGCGCCGCCGUUCGGUCGCCACGUUCGUUGUGCAGGACUCACUGAAGCUGCCUAACCGCGACGCGAAGGAUGUGGAUAAUAUUCUGGCGCACGUUGGCGAACUUCAGGUGGCUACAGUAGAGGACUUCGACCGUGUGAAGGUCGGUCUUCUCAUCCGCAGCAUUGGCGCCCACUGGGAGCUCUGUCGUGAUGUCGCUUUGGUGCAAGAACUCGUCGACGGUGGAUCCGAUGACGAGGCCCGCGCCACGGUAUCUAAGCGCUACGACACCUUCAACGCACAAGUCAGUGGUGCGGGACUUGAUGGCGUCUGGGAACUGAAGCCAUUGCUCAAUGGAAACGAUCUCGUGAAACAGCUUGGUGUAAAGCCUGGACCGAAUAUGAAGGCGCUGCUCGACCGCAUUCUGGCGUGGCAGCUUUCAAACCCGGAGAAGACGCGCGACGAGUGCAUGGUACACUUUAAGGCUGUUGUCGCAGCUGAAGCAAACUAG